GCGCGCUGGCUGUAUUGAAAGGGAGGAUGCGCUCGCGCUUUGAGCAUCGCUGAGAUCGAGACAGUGCCAUUUGUUAAAUCUAAAUACAAGAUAAUACCUUGAAGCGUGUAGCUUUUUAUGGAACAUGGCAUCAAAAUGUCCAAAAUGUGACAAAACAGUUUAUUUUGCGGAGAAAGUGACAUCUCUGGGGAAAGACUGGCACAAAUUCUGUCUGAAGUGUGAACGCUGUAACAAGACCCUGAAUCCAGGAGGACAUGCAGAGCAUGAUGGGAAACCAUACUGCCACAAGCCAUGCUAUGCUGCCCUCUAUGGACCAAAAGGUGUAAAUAUCGGUGGGGCCGGCGCAUAUGUGUAUGAUACACCUGUGAACGAUACCCCUGCCCCCAUUGCCAUGGAAACCCAGGUCAAAUCUGAAGAGAAGAAAGCAUCUGCUCCUACGAGGGGUCCAGUGAAGGCUGCAAGCUUCAGUUCAUUCUCUGGUGAGCCAAACAUCUGCCCAAGGUGCAACAAAACAGUGUACUUUGCUGAAAAGGUCACCUCCCUGGGUAAAGACUGGCACAGACCUUGUCUGCGAUGUGAGAGGUGCAGUAAGACUCUGGCCCCAGGCAGCCAUGCUGAGCACAACGGCCAGCCCUACUGCCAUAAACCAUGUUACGCUGUUCUCUAUGGGCCAAAAGGAGUAAACACCGGAGGUGUUGGCAGUUACAUAUAUGAGGACCCAAACACUGAAAGCCAGCCCUGAAAACCACCACAAUUAAUUACACCAGCAUUAUCUGCACCCUUAGAUUCAAACUUCUCUCUUCCUUAAAGUCAACUUCCUCUUUUUUUUAAGUCUAAACUUAUCAUGUUAAUCUAUAGAGUGCCACUACAUAUUACCAUACUGACAUGAGCUAUAUUAUUACUACUUACUAACAGGAAUAUGUGUCUAGCCUUUCUGCUGUAUUAAUAUAGGUUUUAUAUAUUUUAAAGAAUGUUGUUGAGACGUUAAGCUGUUUUUUGUGUUUUUUGUGACAUUAACAGCUUAAAUUAUUAUUUAUUUAUUUUUAUUGAAUUUUUGGUCGUUUUCUCUUCUACCGUGGUUUAGAUGUGUAGCAUUUUAGAAAUCUGCUUUAAUAUAACUUAUUGACUGCAUCUGGUUUCUGAACUUCUUUUUCUGAACUGAAGAUCUGUUUAUGUAUUAAAAAUAUUUGUAUUGGUAAUUAAAAAAGUAUUGUUAAAUGUGUUAAAUUGUUUUAUUUCAUUUCAGUUGUAGAAUGUUGAAAAUAAAAAAAAACAAAUAAAAAACGAG